AUGUUUUUAAAAAGAAUUACUUUAUUUCCUCAAAAACAUUUUUAUUUCUGUUUUCGUCAACUACAUUUAAGUAAUAAAUUAGAAUAUGGACGUUAUCCAUAUUUUAAUAUUCACAAAAAUGUUACUGAUCCAAAGAGACAAGAUCCUGAUUAUUUUGAAAAGGAGGCGGAGAAAUUGCCUUUAGAUGCUCGAUAUAUCGAUCAAUUAAAGAAUCUUUGGGAGGAGAAAAUUGGAAGUGAACGGCAAUUAAUUUUUAAAGCCCAAGACAGUUUAAUUGGUAAUUCAACAGAUUAUGGACUUCCAAAAUUAAAUCUGGAUGAACCAAAACUUGAUUAUAAAGGAAUUGAUGCUUUAGAGACAGCACCUGAAAGUGUUAAGAAAAUAUUUAGUUUGGGGCAUGCAUCCUCGAGAGAAAUAAAUAUGGCUUGGAAAAUAGACGAAUUGGAUGGGAAGUCAUUACCUGCAAAAAUUGGUUGGGCAACCGCCACAAUCCGCAAUUGGAAUCGAGUUUAUGCUGAAUUUGAAGAGAAGCGUAAUACUUCUAAUCGAAAACUUAAAUUACCCCGAGCUACCUGGAUUUCUCAUCCAUUAUAUUUGUUAAUAAAUCAGCGAAGGAAAUGGUUAAGAUUAUUAAGAGAACAAAGUGAAGAAGACUUUCAACGUUGUAUUAAUGAAUUGAAAAUUUCUUAUAUUAUACAAAAGGAACCAGAACACGUGAAAACGAGAAAGGUUUGGUCUGAAGUACAACUUAAACGACGAAUUGCACUUGAAAAAGAAAAACAAUUAGAAGAACUUCACAUCCGGCUUAAAGAGAAUCGAGAAGAAAAAUUGCGUUCGAUUAAUGACGAAGCUAAUUUAUUAAAUAAAGAAUUAAACCAAAUAAAGGAAAGACUUCACCAAUUAAAUAUUAUUGAAAAGAAAACUGUUGCAAACAUUGUUGGAGAAUAUCAACCAAAUUAUGUAGGUGAAAUGACUGAAAUUGUUGACAAUUCAAAAUUAUUUGGUUAA